AUCAGUUAGUAUUUAGUAUUGGCUCAAUCGCACUGAACGCUGGUCCGUGCUACCUAAGCGGUGUGGUACUCCAAGCGCUUCAUUAAGUAAAAUACUUCUUUUUUUUUGUUUUCGGUAUAACUUUUGCCGAACAACUGGCAGCUCUCACGCCAGGCAACACGACGGAAACUCAGUCGGGUAAUGGGCAAUCAGUACUUGCAAUAAAUACUUGUUCCAAAACACUUCACAGCAGUCCCUCGAGAACUACAGACGAGCGGCAAUGUGAAAAUCAUAACUUGAAGCGCAAUUAGCUUAAAUUAAUAUUUAAGAAAACACAUUAAAACGCCGAUUACUUCAAAUUAAUGUGAAAAUUUAUAUUUGUGCAAAGACAACUACAAACACUACAAACAAAAAAAAAAACAAGAAAAAUAACGGUACAAAAAAUACAAAUUAAUCAGAGCAAUAAAAUAAAAUUAAAGAAAAAUGGAAGUCUACACAUCGGAUAGCAGCGACACAGACGCGCGCGAGCAAAAAACACUGGAUUAUGGACGCAUGAACCUCCUGGAAAUCACGCUGGACGACGAUUUACACGCAAAGAAGACGCUAAAAACACACAAAGAUUUCGAAACUUUGCUGCUAAAUCACAAUCGGCUUACGCGUCUCCCGUCGGCGCUUAUGAAAUUCACCAAUUUGAAAAUAUUGGAUCUGAGCUCCAAUUGUCUGACACAGUUGCCCGAGGCUAUAUGCAAUCUGCCAUUGGUCACACUGAUAGCCAAAAAUAACCAACUGACCAAUAAAUCGCUGCCAAAAUCGUUUGUGAUGCGCAAUUCAGCCUUGAAGGAGCUAAAUCUGAGUGGCAAUCAGCUGACACACUUUCCCGAACAGGUGGUGGAGUUGAGGCAGCUGCGCUACUUCUAUGCGGGCGCAAAUAAGAUUUCAGCGAUUUCAAAGGAUAUAUGGAAAAUGCAAAGCUUACAGGUACUCUCGUUGGGCGGCAAUCUCAUCAACGAUGUACCCGAAGCGGUGGGUUCGCUCAGCCAAUUGCAAGCACUAGUACUUUGUGAUAAUCUUAUUGAGAAAAUACCAACCAGCAUUGCACAUUUGGAUAGUCUAAAGUCUCUGCUGUUGCACAAAAAUCGCCUUAGACAUUUGCCCAAAGAUAUAAUUGCUUUGAAGAAUUUAACAGAGUUAAGUUUGCGCGAUAAUCCAUUGGUGGUGCGCUUCGUACAGGAUAUCGCCAUGAUGCCUCCGAGUCUGAUGGAAUUGGCUGCACGCGUUGUCAAGGUCACCGCCAUCCCCGUCGGACCGGGCAUUGUGCCACUUACAGUAAACGAGUAUCUGCAAAGCGCCAACUGCUGUGUGAACCCCAACUGUAAGGGUGUCUUCUUCGACAAUCGCGUUGAACAUAUAAAAUUCGUGGACUUCUGCGGCAAGUAUCGUGUGCCGCUGUUGCAAUAUUUAUGCUCCUCCAAAUGUAUUGAGCCGGAACCGGAACGACCACAGACAAGUGGCGCCAGUGGUUACAUGAUGCGGAAGGUGCUGCUGGGUUGACUGGUGGAUGCUUGAAAAAUAUGCUGUGGACAUGUUUUAGAUACAAAAAUUAAAACAAGUCUAAAUAGUUUGUAGGAAAAUUAAAUUUUUUAGAAAAAAACAAAUUUUUUUUCAAAAUUUAGCGAUUUGUUGCCACUUCGUUUUGGUUUUGUUAUUUUUGUUAAUAUUUUUCGCCAUGAGAUUCGCUACUUUAAUGUGCAAUACUGUGAAAAAAUGUGUGUAAUGCUGAGCUUUUAUAUACAUAUACA